CCUGGGAAGGGCCUCCCCGCCCCUCCGGGGCCCCAGACAGCCUCGGAGGCACUCCACAGAGCGCUCUAUCGAGAAGUGCCUGCACCCUGUGCCUUUCAUCCACACUAAUUUGGCUGCAGUGACUCUCGUUCAAGGGACACUUUGGAUAGCUUAUUACAGCUCUUCUUACAACAUUCCUGGCUCGCAUGUCACAAGUCUCUAGGAUCAAGAGCCAAGUCAGUUUUGCUCUCAGGGCCUCUUGGGGCCACCAGCCGAGAUCCCCCGCCUCCUGUGAAUGACCGCUGAGGAAGACCAUGAAUGAGACGAAGGAGUCUCUGCGAAACACCGAGCAGAAGUACAGGCUCUUCCAGCAGCAGCAGUUCACCUUCAUCACCGCUCUGGAGCGCUGCAGGGACAACGCCCACGACAAGACCCGGCCCAUCGCCAGCAUCGGACAGGUGCAGAGCUACACGGAGCAUUACUGCAACAACUCCACAGACCGGCGCAUUCUGCUCAUGUUCCUGGACAUCUGCGCAGAGCUGAACAAGCUGUGUCAGCACUUCGAAGCCCUCCACUCCGGCACCCCGGCCACCAACAACCUGCUUGAGAAAUGCAAAUCCAUGGUUAGCCAAAGCAACGACCUGAGCAGCCUCAGAGCAAAGUACCCUCACGACGUGGUGAACCACCUCAGCUGUGACGAGGCCAGGAACCACUACGGAGGUGUCGUCAGCCUCAUCCCCAUCAGCCUGGACUUAAUGAAAGAAUGGAUCGCCCACUCAGAGAAGCUGCCCCGCAAAGCCCUGCAGCAUCUCUCCUCACCUCUGAGUGUCAGGCUCUGUGCCAAUGAAGAGGACCCCCACUUCCGGUGUUGGUGGGAGCAGGUGUCCCGGGGAGGCUGCUGAGAACUGGGGUCACCAGCCUGCCCAGGUGCUCUGGGAGCUGCCAGCCUGCACCCUGCCAGGCCCGGCCACGCUGCAGGUCCGGCUUUCUGGGCCGAGCCGCUGCGCCGGAGGCCUGCCAGCUCCUUUCCCACCACAGCGGCAACCGUAGGCAAGGCUCGGCUCCUGCAAGGUCCAGCUGCUCAGCCUGCCAGGAUGCUGAGGGCCGGCACGGUGGACUUCCUCAGUGUGAUUAGGUCUCUGAACCAAAACCCAAAGGGGAACGAACCUGCCUUUGCUCUCCUUUACUUGGGAGAGGGGAGACCAUGAGAGAAACCGGAAGAAUUCUGAUUUUAUGGCUCCUGUGCAAGGACAGUUUCCUGAUUUUUACAACACAGUCAAGGCCCCGACAUUACAGAAUGUGUCUCUGGCUCUUGAGCUUGCUGGAAGUUCUGACUGACUGUUGGCUUUUCCCUUCACAGGGGGCGACUUAGCUUCUGUGUUCUUGCUUCCUCGGGGGCGACCGUCAAGAAUAAAAAGUGUUCUCCCCUCUC